UCUGAGGAGAAGGCGGCGGCGGACCGCGGGCGGCGCUGACGGGCCCGGGGGAGCGAGCGGGGCAGGCCGGUCCUGGCCGGCGGGGCCGGUCGUGGCAGCGGCUAACGAAAGAGAGGAUUAGAAGUUGUCAAAAUGAGCAGGAAGCCUCCAAAUCGUCCUGGGAUCACAUUUGAGAUCGGUGCUCGUUUGGAAGCGCUUGAUUACCUUCAAAAAUGGUAUCCCUCGCGCAUUGAGAAGAUAGACUAUGAAGAGGGGAAGAUGCUUGUCCACUUUGAACGCUGGAGUCACCGUUACGAUGAAUGGAUUUAUUGGGACAGCAAUCGGUUGCGGCCCCUUGAGAGACCCUCGCUGAGGAAAGAGGGCCUAAAAGACGAUGAUGAAUUUAUUGAUUUUAAACCUGGGGAAGAGGUUCUAGCUCGUUGGACGGAUUGUCGAUACUAUCCAGCAAAGAUUGAAGCGAUUAACAAAGAAGGAACCUUCACUGUACAGUUUUAUGACGGAGUGAUUCGGUGUCUUAAAAGGAUGCAUAUCAAAUCUAUGCCAGAAGAUGCCAAAGGGCAGGCGCGCGAGUGGGAGCAGAUAGCGCCGGAGCUGAGAUUAGUGACGGAUAACGAGCGACAUGAAGACUGGAUCGCUUUGGUGAAAGCUGCAGCCGUGGCAGCAGCCAAAAACAAAGCGGGAGGUAAACCACGGACCAGUGCAAACAGCAAUAAAGACAAAGAGGAGAGAAAGUGGUUUAAAGUACCUUCAAAGAAGGAAGAAUCAUCAACCUCCACGAUUGUCCAGGAAGUCCAGAGGAAGGAAGAGCAGCCUACAUCCAGUGAGACAUUUGGAUUCCCUCUAGUGGACGUCCCAAAGAUUGCCUUUGUGCAGGCUGAGAACGCGUUGGCGCACAAGAGGAAAAAUAACCUCGGCAACUCAUUUCAGGCAAAGAGGGCCCGUCUCAACAAGAUCACUGGUUUUCUUGCAUCCAAAGCUGUCUGCGCUGAUGGUGCUGAAAAAAAGGAAGGCAGCAAAGAAGCAGCUCCAGUCUUGGAGCAGGAGAUAUCACCUAAGCCUCAAAGUCAGAAAAAAAAUGAAGCUGAUAUUAGCAGUUCUGCCAACAUUCAGAAAUCUGCACUGUUGCCCUCAACUUUGUCUUCAGGGAAGGCUCGCAGCAAGAAAUUCAAACAAGAAUCUGGAGAUUCUGCAGGGUGUAUAAAGCCCCUUAAAUCACCAAUUUCCCCAGAGUUAAUACACGUGGAAGAUAUGACCCUGGUCUCCCAGCUUCCUUCUUCCGUGAUAAAUAAAACUAUUGCCAAUGUUGCCCAUGUCUCGCUUGAGAAGCAUGGAUUGUGCCUCCCUCUUGACUUAAGCCGUACCUUGGAUGUUUCAGCGUUGUUAGCUUCCGAGUCCACUUUCUGUAAUGAACACCCCAGUAAAGAGAAGGAAGAGGAUCAUAUGGUGUUGUGUCAUCCUUCCAAAGCUGGAAUCGAUGGCAGAAUAGCUCCGGCCGCAUCAGGGACCCUGAAAACUGAGAAGAAAGCAAAACUGGAAGAGAGAUGCCCGUCGUUGCUUGGUAAAAAGAAGGAGAAGGAUAAAGAAAGAAAAGAGAGGAAAGAAAAGGAUCACAAGUCAAAACAAAAGAAGAAGAAAAAGAAAAAGAAGAAAUCAAAACAACAUGAGUAUUCAGAUUUUGAAGAUAGUUCUCUUGAGUACCUGGACACGUGCUCUUCCCCGCUCACCAGGUCCUCUGGGAGCUCUUUCACACUGCGAAGCACGACGAUGGACAAGAAUACAUCCUACCAGUACCCAAGGGCUAUUCUGUCUGUCGACCUUAGUGGUGAAAACCUCUCUGAUAUGGAGUUUUUGGAUGACUCUUCUACUGAGAGUUUGCUGCUGAGCGGCGAUGAGUACAAUCAGGACUUUGAUUCAACCAAUUUUGAAGAAUCUCAGGAUGAAGAGGAUACUCUCAACGAAAUUGUCCGGUGUAUCUGUGAAAUGGAUGAGGAAAAUGGCUUUAUGAUUCAGUGUGAAGAGUGCCUAUGCUGGCAGCACAGUGUGUGUAUGGGGUUGUUGGAAGACAGCAUUCCGGAGCAGUACAUCUGCUAUGUUUGCCGAGACCCACCUGGUCAGAGAUGGAGUGCCAAGUAUCUGUAUGAUAAAGAUUGGUUGAACAACGGCCACAUGUGCGGACUCUCGUUUUUGAAAGAGAACUAUUCUCACCUAAAUGCCAAAAAGAUAGUGUCAACACACCACCUCCUGGCUGAUGUGUAUGGUGUUACGGAAAUACUGCGAGGGCUACAGUUGAAGAUUGGGAUUCUCAAGAAUAAACACCACCCGGACCUUCAUCUGUGGGCUUGCACGGGUGUGCGGAAAGAGCAAGACCAAAUAACUCUUGGAGUGGAAAGAAGGGUACUGGCUGUGCCAGAUCCCAUUAACUUCCCUGAAAGGACAGGUCGUGGUCUAAAUCAUAAAGAGCCCCCUAGUUUGCCCCCGAAGAUGGAGGAAACGUACAUUACGAGUGAGCAUAGUUACCAGAAACCACAAAGUUUUGUUCAGGACUGCAAACUGAGAAAUGAUCCCAUGAGCUCAGAUGACGACGAUACCAGCAGCUUUGAGGAUGACCAGGAACUGCUCUUAGAAGAUAAAAACUGUUUACAAUAUUCGUCUAAAGAAGAUGGCUUCAGCCAUCAGAGACACUCGGCCGAAGGGAACACUGUGUUCGUAUUUAAUGAGAAAAGAGGAACGGAAGAACAUGUAGACGCUCGUCUUCAGUGGCAGCUAAAUCUCCUUACCCACAUAGAGAAUGUACAGAACGAAGUCACUAGCAGAAUGGACCUGAUUGAAAAGGAAGUAGACGUCUUGGAAAGCUGGCUUGACUUCACUGGAGAACUGGAGCCACCAGAUCCCCUCGCCCGACUGCCUCAGCUCAAGCGGCACAUCAAGCAGCUCAUAUCCGACAUGGGGAAAGUCCAGCAAAUAGCGACUCUUUGUUCCGUAUGACAAACAGAAGGCUUAAUGGAAUACUUACAAAAAAAACCCCUAGGUGCUCGCCACGAAUUUUCGUAAGAUCUGCAAAAUUGACAGAAGGAUGAUUGAAAGAAGAAAGAAGCUUGGGUGCUGUUUUUUUGUUCUGUGCUGGCUCGCUCAUCCUGAAGAUCUCAAGAUGGGGAAAUAAGAACAUUUGCACGUAAAUCAAGGGUCAAGAUACAGUCUGCACAAUGAAUAAAUGUGGAGAAACUGUUGCUUAAUGGGGAGGCACUCUGGUGUAGAAAUCUCUGCAAAGAUGUUUUUACCGUUUUCACGGGUAAUAAGAGGUCCUUCCCCCUCCCCACCAGAUUGGAAAAUCUUAACUCACUAAAGCAAGCUAUAUGGGGAGGAGUCAAUUUAUAAAGUUGUGUUUCAGUGUUGAUCGGAGAAUAAAGACUUGUAGCCCGCGGUGUCUUGAAGGAUGGAAAAUCGGAAGACAUCUGUUUUUUCUCUUGUCUGGAUAUUAUCCAUGAAAAUAUGGGAAGAGGGACACCCUAGUUCCCUUUUCGAAAAGAGCAAGGCUGCUUUUGGGGUGGUCUCUUUAGGAAUAUUUUUUUAAGCAAAGUUUUCCCUGCCGUGACCUUAUGCUCCUUUGAGAAACAAAGGGGGGGAUGGGAAUGGUCAGGAGUGCCAAAUAAAUGCUUUCAAAACCCACUGAAACGAGAGUGCGAGUUGUUCAGAGGGGCGUUUCUCGUUCUUCUCCUCUCCCACCACCCGGCAGAGUUCUCCAUCGUGCCAGCAAAAGCACCUGGAGUCAUACCUAGUUACGCUCACCAUAACUGUAGUAUUCUGGGUACACAGUACAGUUUUUAAAUCCCUCUAUCCUAGCGACUCUGAGCUCUUUCACAUGCUGUCUUCCUCAGCUGGAAUGAGGACUGACAUGCGUUGAAGGUGCCGAUAACUGGCUGUGAAACGGGGCUGCUUCUCAUGUUAAUUCAAGAAAAACAAAAUCGCAAGAUGUAGGAGUGUGAUCUCAUGAGAGACAGACCCGUGCGCAUGCCGAGAUGGCUUAGCUGUACCUCUAUCCUCGUCUCAAUAAACCUGUCCCGUGUUAUUUGAAACACUGGAGCGGCCUGCAAUAGCAUUCAGUUUGAAUCAAAAUUGUGCCAGUCAGCUGAUUCUUUUGGGUGGGUUAUGGUGAGGAUUCUGCUCUCCGCUAGAGGUGUCUGCUUGUGAGAUUGCAAACAAGCAUCCUGAAACCAAAGCCAACCUACGGGGCCAAGUUCAGGGCCUUCACUUUGUCUUUUGCUCAUCCGCGUUUGUUGCCACAACCAGUGCUACAGUAUACACGUUGGGGGUUAUGUGUAUAUAAAUAUGUGUGUGUGUGUAUAUAUAUAUAGAAUAUAUAUAUAUAUAUAUAUAUAUAUAUGCGCCCAUAUGCAUAUUGCAUUCUAGAGACAUAUUUAUAUUGACAUGUCUAGUUUUAUUACUAUAGACUGAAGACCUUGGUGACACAAUAUUUAAAAUGUUACCUUUUAACAAGCAGUUUCUAUUAAAACGAAAAUGAAAAUAAUGUAUGUACAGGUUUUGAAAUUUGUAAAAAAAAAACAAAUUAAUUUUUUUUUAAAAAAAAAAUAUUGACUGUUCAAAAGAGCCUGUGCAGCUGAGGACGGCUCCGUUCUUGAACUCUAUGCCUCUCCGACUGUUUCAGUGCUGGUGAUGUAUAUAAAAACCAUAUAUGAGAGAGCUGCUCCAUAAGCAGUAAACUUGAAGCUUCCCCUGGGAUAAAAGAGUACAAGCCACUGUACAUUACAAAUGUAUUUAAAUUUGCAGAUACACUGUUCUAUAUGUAAGGUACUGUAUGUAAAGCUGUUUAUUAAACUAUUCUGCAUACUU